AUGGAAUAUUGCUUAACACUUGUUAUUCAAUGUCUGUCUCUUCUUCUUAUUCUCUCCUCAACAACUUCCCUUUCUAAAACCAUACACAAAAUUCCCAGGCUCACUCCAUUCUACGCCUCAAUUCUACGCCAGCGAGACUCUUCUUCGUCUGCUACUCAAGUCCUUCUUUCUCCUGAUUUCAGAACCUAUUAUUACGAUCAAACGUUGGAUCACUUCAAUUACAGAUCUCAAAGCUAUGACACCUUCAAACAGAGAUACAUAGUCAACUCUAAGUUCUGGGGUGGCGCCCAAUUCAACUCCCCUAUCUUUGCAUGGCUCGGCGCCGAAACUCCAAUUGACUAUGAUCCUAUAGGCGUUGGAUUUCUCACUGACAAUGCCCCUGGUUUUAAGGCUCUUCUGGUCUACAUAGAGCAUAGGUACUAUGGGGAAUCCAUACCAUUCGGGAACAUGGAAGAAGCUCUAAGAAAGGAGACCAUUCGUGGCUAUUUGAACUCCGCUCAAGCUUUGGCUGAUUAUGCAGAACUGUUGUUAUAUAUAAAGAAUACUUACUCAGCCCAAGAUUCUCCCAUCAUUGUUGUUGGAGGAUCAUACGGAGGAAUGCUUGCUUCGUGGUUUCGGUUGAAGUAUCCACACAUUGCUCUUGGUGCCUUAGCUUCAUCAGCUCCCAUUUUCUACUUUGAUAAUAUUACACCACAAAAUGGAUAUUAUUCCGUAGUGACCAAAGACUUUAGGGAAGUUAGUGAGAGUUGUUAUCAAACUAUAAAACAAUCCUGGUCCAUUAUUGACACAAUUGCUUCCCAGUCAAACGGCCUCUCCAUUCUCAGUCGCAAGUUCAAUCUUUGUCAGGACUUAACCUCGUCUUGGGAGCUAAAGAGUUACUUGAAUUCGAUAUACGCUGAAGCUGCUCAAUAUGACGGACCGCCGAAAUAUCCAGUGACGGAGGUGUGCGGUGGCAUAGACGGCGCACCCAAAGGGGCUGAUAUUCUUGAUCGGAUACACGCUGGUGUCGUCAGCCGUAGAGGGAAUCAAAGUUGCUAUAGUCGUCUUUACACCGGCAUUGAUAUUUCAGGAUGGAGAUGGCAAACUUGUAGUGAAAUGGUGAUACCGAUUGGGCGCGACAGCGGCGACACCAUGUUCUAUCCAGCUCCUUUCGACCUACAACAAUUCUCUCAAUACUGCAUUAAUCUCUUCCAUGUUCCACCUCGACCACAUUGGAUCACAACCUAUUACGGCGGACAUGAUAUUAAACUAGCUUUGAGCAAGUUUGGUAACAACAUCAUUUUCUCCAAUGGACUAAGAGAUCCAUAUAGUAGCGGAGGGGUUUUGGAAAACAUAUCAGAUACUAUACUUGCCGUCUCUACCCGUAAUGGGUCUCACUGUUUGGACUUGCUAGGGAAGAGAGAAACAGAUCCAGACUGGUUAACUGAGCAACGGAAAACAGAAGUUGAGAUAAUACAACGUUGGAUAACAAAUUACUAUGCUGAUCUUCAAGCACUCAAGAAAUAG